AUGGCGUCGAACAAGAGCAAGACCAACAUAAUGUUCUCUCAUGUGUACUGCGUCGGACUACGAAUAUGGAACAACCUCAUGAAACGAGAAUUUUUAAAUCGUGGUAAGAAAGACGGUGUACUUACGUUGAAACAGCUCAAUCGAGUCCAGCUGCGAUUUUAUAGUGACGUGUGCACAUCGGGAAAAAAGUUAAAUCAAGAGAUAAGCGGCCUCAAGUCUAAAAUGAUGAGAUCUUUUGCUAGUGUGGUCAGCACUGAAGUGAAACAGAGUGCUAAGAUCAUCAAUGAAGAUCUUAAAAAUGUCCGAAAAACACUAAAUGAUGUUGCCGAUGCUAAAGAAAGAGAGGCUAAUGCGAUGCUGCUCAGGCUGGGAGAAGGCCUUGAUGACAAGGAUCGGGUCACAAAAAUGAUUGCAAAAUUGACCGAUGACACUGUCAACGGAAAAAAUAUACUGAAAGUUUUUAGAUUGGGUAAGAGAGGUAAAGGAGUUGUCAGGCCAAUCCUCAUCAAGUUUGAUGAUGUAAAAAGCAAGGAAUAUUUCUUUACCAAUUUGUACAAACUCAGAUCUUUGAACGAUGAUUUUGCACACGUCAAAUUGAUUCAUGAUUUGACUGUUGAUCAGCGCAAGAAGCUGAAAAGAAUUUUAGAUGAUGCAAAGGCGAGAGAAACCAACUGUAAAGAGGGUUUUUUAUACAGAGUGCGAGGGGAGGUGGGAAGGUGGAAAAUAGUGAAAUUUCCGGUAAAAAAAGAGUCAAAUUAA